AACAGUUUCGUUAAUGACAGGUUGACGUAGGUUUGAAUAUUAAAAAACUGAUUCUGAAAAAUGAGCAAUUAUUGACUGCAGGUUUCCGAUUCAUCUUUAAAAAUAAAUAUUUGCAACUUCUUUGUUGAAUUUCUCAGUGACACUACAAACCUUACCAGAGAUUUCUGCAAAAAUAUACUUUUCCUCAUUUAUUCUUGGCUUUCGUCACAAUCGUUAAUUGACUCAUUAAAAUGACCUUCAAAACGUCUGGCUUUAUCCUGAAAAAUAAUAAACGUCAGUAAUGGCCUGGAAUAAUGAAAAAUUAAUAAUUUUGCAGUCAAAGUAUGUCUGACUACGGAACGCCACCCAGGAGUCGGUCAGCGCAUGCGCUGUUGUGAGUCAGUCUAGCACCCUCUCUCUCUCUCUCUCUCAACCAGGUAGCUCAUUCAUGACCAUUUUGUCACUUUUCUUGAGCAAGCCGAGCCAGUUUUCCGACCGAUUUGCGUUGCAGUCGCUCGUUCCACUCGUACCGAUUGAGUUUAUAGAUUUCAUAAAAGAAUUCAGCUAAGCAUCUCUUUGACAAUAAUGGCCCUGUCGCGUCCCAUCAAACCGAAUCUCAGCUGUUCUGAAGAACAUCAGCCUAGCUCGUCAGUCCAGGGCUGUCCGGAAACUUCUUCCGUCUCUGCUGACGGAGCCCUUGCAGGAAGGGGAGGAGGCGGAGGCGGAGGAGAACGGAGGGUGCCCAAAUGCGCCAGGUGCCGAAACCACAACCUCAGCAGCGUGUUGAAAGGGCACAAGAGGUACUGCCCCUUCGCAAGGUGCCAGUGCCACCUGUGCGAGCUGACGCUGCAGAGGCAGAAGAUCAUGGCCCAACAAGUGGCCCUGAGUCGCGCUCACGCCCAGGACGUGGCCCGGGUCACGCUCCUUCAGGAGGACCAGCGGCAGCACAACCCUCAGGAGAUACUAGCGACGGCGGACGGCCUGCGGACGGAAAUUGGGAAGAGGGAGCUUUCCGUCAAUGGCGAUAGCAUCUCGCUACAUCAUCCCGCCUUGGACUGGAGUCUGCAGCAGCAGCAACAGCAGCAAGCCACGACCUCCUCGAGUUACAUCCACGGCCUCAGCGCCUCCAUCCCAUCGCCUUUUCCCUCGCUCUGCGAUCCAUUCAGGCUCCCAUACCUUUUCCCCUCCGUGUUUCAGCCGCCGUCGACCUCCGUAUCUCCACUCCCCCUGUCCGCACUGAGACAGCCGCCAGGAGCGGUUUCCCACUUCUUGCACUGUCCUCUGUGCGCGUCCAGGAUGACGUCGGAGGUCGAGCUGCGACAUCACCAGUGUGAAACCAACUGAAGUGCGGCCGGUUUCAGAAGCCUUUGUUGUUCUUCUAAGGAAGAAUGCUCUGAGCCACCCACAACGUCCACCGUUGCAGUGAUGCCAACCCCUCUAACCCUACGCCCCCUACAGGAGACGAGAAGUGACCCUACAUAACUGAAAAUGACCCAACAUUCUGCGGCUAUGAUAAUAAAUAAAUCUUUAGAUUAUGUUUAUAUGCAAUAUCAUGAAUACUAAUAAGCAUAUUGUUCUGAACCUACCUUAUUACACUUGAAAAUAUUGCCCUGUUCUCUUAAGAUUUUGCCUAGAUUACCCUACAGUUGGGAACAUUGCACCGUUGCCUCCGCAUAUUUCAGAACUGUGUUUAAAAAGAUGAUCAAUGUUAAGGCUCAUAUAUAUAGCUUAGUGGCAGUGGUUAUGAGCUUGCAUGAGAGCUUAUUUGCGCAUCUAGGACCCUUAUGAUUGUGCAUCUGGGUGAUUCAGUGACUGUAAGGGUACCAAAAACGGCAAUUUUUUGUCAGAAUUUUGUGACUUACUGCUUCUUGCUUCAGACAUCCAAAAUAAGUGGUGGAAUUCUGUUCACUUCAAUAUACCAUUUCUGAA